AUGACUCGGAUACCAUGCCGUUCAACGGCCGUUCGAGGGAUAAUGCGCCCUCGUCAAGCCUUUCCCAAGGCCAGCGCGCGCAAGCACAAAAUUAUUUUGGAAAGCAUUACACAAGAGAAGAAAAAGCUUCGCAUUGCCAUUUCGUUUGAGACCAAACCGCCCCCAGGAUAUACGUUUAUUCCAGCAGGAAACCCAGGGUUCACUAACGGAUGCAAGGAGUUAUGCCGAAAAGAUGGAUUUAAGAUUUUUACAGUAUCGACGACACCCCAUCAACGAGCACACGACCUUUCUCAACAGGUUCACAGGAUCGGCUAUCAUUUCCCUAGUGUCGUGGUGGCUACAAUAUGUAUGGAGCGGGGAUUAUUUCUCUCGUCCAGUGGGAAAGUGGUAGCGUAUCAGAACCAUCGCCCUGGGCAGACGCAAGGUAACAAAGACGCCAGCUCGGAGCAGUCGCAGGAUAUAAUAAAUUCAGAAGCACGGGAUGCCAUCAAAGAUUUAUUCCCUAAUAUCCCAACGAAAGAUCUGAAUCAGAUUGUAAAAACGGCUUUUAAAAAGGGAAAACAUAGAGUUGGGACAGCAGUUGAGCUUCCAUUAGCACGUCGGGCUCAGCUAGCAGUAGUUGCUCAUAUUCGUCAUAUUUAUACUAGCUACGACCGCUUGCUAAAAAUGACCUCCUUUCAGGAAGCUAGGGCCUCGGUCGAGGAACCCACUCUCGCUAAACUAGUCCUUUGGCGGGGUGAUGAUGAAAACGGGGCAACCGUACUUGAAGAUGUAUUUCGGGAAGUCAUCGUUAUAUCUGAUGAUGAAGAUGAUAAUCAAGAAGAUGAAGAGGAGACGGAAUUUCUACCUCCACCUCAGGAUGAUCUUAGAGAAAAUAUAGAUCAGCCGUCCAAAGACAACAGGGAGAGUCAGCCUAUUUAUCAUUCUAUUAACCGCCCUAACUCUCCCAAAGGUACUGGACAUGGCCCCCCUAUUUCUAAUCGUGUUACUGUUGAUCCACCCAGCCAGUAUACAGAAAGGAGAAACCAUGACCAUAGGGGAUUCCGGAGAUACGAGGCAUGGGACCGAGCAAGAAGCCGGUAUAGCAACUGUGAAAAUAAUGCUUCUUUUGUGCCUGCUGUGCCAAAGUCCAGGAAGCCAUGCUCUCCACAAUACUCUCGGACUGAAUCGCGGCCAGAGUUCCCAGGCAGGGAAGGCUACUGCAUUCAAUUAUCACUAGCCAGGGAUUCUGUGAUACCUAGAACUACUGACCAUAUAAGAAAAGAAGUAGUUACAGAUCCUGCGCAGCAGAUAAACACUUAUACGCCCAGGAGACUUGCGGCACUGCAAGAAAGAGAUCUUCAGCAGCGGCAUCAUCAAAUUUCGGACCAUGCUUCUUUCUCACCGGCCGUUGAAAGAACUCAGGCCUAUGUUUAUAGGCAGAGCCCGGUGCCUUCUAACCUUCAUAGAUCAAACCAAGGUCAAUCGAGGCGCAGCUAUCCUCCAUCUGAUGACACAAGGUAUGGGAUAGCUCAUACUGGACAACCUCACUCCCAACAGGGGCCUAUUGUUGAAUCCCGUGACUAUCCCGUUAUACCGUCGAUCGAGAGCCCGACAGCGCCGAUUAGCCGACCAGAGAGGCAAGAUGACAUUCAAAGACAAAGCCCUAAGGUGAUAUCUGGCCCAGCAACAUCUAGGAGCACGAGACCCUUUGACAAUGGACUGCACCCCCAGUUAGUAAUAAAUUCAAGACAGGAGAGGCAUUGGGAUGAUUUGAGUUAUUCCCGUGUCAUUGGUACACCCCAAAGGCAGCCUAGUUCCACACCGAACAUUGCAUCACCAUAUAGCGGCUAUGGAUUACAUCUAGACGGGGAGUCUCGGUCUCCUCAUGUCGCGAGUCAGUACCAAUCAUUAAUGAAUAAAGAGAACCUGACUCGGCCGCCAUUGGGACAGAGAGCCGUCCGAGUAGGUCUUGGCGACACUGAGCGAUAUACCCACCAUACCACCGAGCACAGGGCGCGAGGCGUAUCCCAUCCAGCGGCUGUGGCUAACCCAGCAGAUCCUAGAAGAAUAUCUUUACGAUAUCCCUACCCUGACAACCCUGCAAUAGUUAUCAGGCAGAGGCAUAGGAUGAACCCUUGCCUCGUUGCCUAUCCUGCCGACACGUCCGUGGAUGCCAACAACUGUUUGACGCAGGUUCGCGUAUAUGAUCGACCUGUCGAAACACGUACUAUGCCUGACGAUGCUCGGUACCAAGCACGGUUGUUACCCUUGGAAAAUCGUGGUCCUCCGCAACAGAGCAACAACCGUUUUGCAGCUAUGGACAAGCCAUACACCUAUUAUGUGGACAACAAUCAGCUCCCAGUCGCAUCACCCCCCCGCCUAUACAGAUCUCCUCCACCACAAAUACAUAGUUCCGAAUCAGCUUCCACGGCUUCCCACACUUCCACGGCCCCCCAACUGGGUCCUGCAGACGGCUACAUCCGAAGCCAACAGCCAUACACCCACAGGCAUCUGUAG